ACCUCUGUGUUUUUCUCAGCUUACGGAUUUGUUACGCGCGGUUUAUGCAUCUACUACAUCCAUGGCCCAAGCUCAAAUAUUUAAAGCUACCUACUCUGGAGUCCCCGUAUAUGAAAUGCAAUGCAAUGGCAUUGCUGUCAUGAGACGACGCUCCGAUUCCUAUCUAAAUGCCACGCAGAUCCUAAAAGUGGCCGAAUUCGAUAAACCACAGCGAACCCGCAUUUUGGAACGAGAAGUACAGACUGGCGAACACGAAAAAGUUCAAGGCGGCUACGGAAAAUACCAAGGAACGUGGGUCCCCUUUGAACGAGGCGUUGCGUUGGCAGAACAGUACCAUGUUGACCAUUUACUGAAACCCAUGUUUGACUUUGUCAAAGGCGACACCAGCCCACCUAUUGCACCCAAACAUGUGACGGCAGCGUCUACACGGCCACGCAAAGUACGCGAACCACGUGAAGCACGAGAAACACGACGCAAAAAGCCCAAACGAUACGACGACGAGUUUUCAGAGAAUUCUUCCCAGUACAGUGAAGUCGCGGACAACGAUAUCCCGAUGGUAACAACCACUCGGAAUUCGGCCUCUCCUUCCACUUUGUAUCGGUCGAUGACGGCUGGAGAUACAAUGAUGGUUGACGAUAUGGGAACGCCGCAUACGUCCCAUGGACGACGAAAAAAACGGUCUAGAUUAUAUAUGGAUGAAGUUGAAGUGGACGACGCGAUGGGUGAUGAACUCGAGAAUCGCGAACCGUAUGCACAGAAACUGCUUCAACAUUUCGUAGCUGAUGAUCCUGACGUUCCGAGUCUGUUACUUCAUCCACCGCGUGAUCUCGACGUGAACGUUAUCAUUGAUGAUGAAGGACACACCAGUCUUCACUGGGCCGCCGCCAUGGGACGGUUGAAGGUCGUUAAACUGUUGAUUCAUCACGGCGCGGACAUCUACCGUGUCAACUACAAAGGGCAAACAGCACUGAUGCGCAGCGUCUUGUUUACCAAUAACUUUGAUAUCAAAUCGUUUCAUCAAUUGCUGGAGAUGCUGCAAAGAACCAUUUUCAAUAUCGACAAGAAAGAUCAAACCGUGUUUCACCACGUCGCGGCCACCGCAAGUUGGAAGGGCAAAGUGCAUGCUUCCCGUUAUUAUAUGGAAUGUCUGAUUGAGAAAUUGGCGUAUAACCGAUCGGAACUUAUUUCCAUACUCAACGUCCAGGAUGUGUACGGUGACACGGCCCUCACCAUCGCAGCGCGGAUUGGCAACAAGAAGCUUGUGCGUCUACUGAUGGACGCGGGUGCCAGUACAGAGAUUGCCAAUGAAGAAGGAAUGACUUCCCAAGAUUAUCUUGCCGAAAGCGAACGAACGAGACCUUUUCGUGAUGCAGUAUCGCCCAAAACGGCAUCCAGCAACGAACACGCCACACGGGCACGUCUCCGUCAGCGCGUUGAAUCCAUGUUUAAGCAGAUGCUUGCCAAUGACCGCUCAACACCGGCGGUAUCCCAGCUUUUCGACAGCUUUGCCGGCAGUUAUGAACGCGAUUUGACGCAGAAGGAAACACUUGUGAAGGAAAAGAAAACCGAGCUGGAUCUCAACCGAAAACGUUUAGCAAGCACCCACCAUAUGCUGGACCAUAUUCAAUUCGAUCCCUCCUCACUCACCAAAUCCAAUGCAGAAGCUGAUCAUCUUGAGCUCCGUCUACGUAAAUUAACGCACGAGCAUCAAAGAUUAAAAUUGUCACAUAUGAUUGACUCGGAAGAAAAGAACGCAAAAAUGAGUGGCGGGGAUGGACCUAAACCGGAAAAUGACGCGGCAAAAAAGCAGCAAUUGAUCGACGACGUCGUCAAACUUGGACAAACACUGAAGACUCUGCAAGAGAACCGGCAACAACUUGUGAAGGACAUUAUGAAAAUGAAAGCACAAACGCCCGGAAAACGGUAUCAAGAAUACAAACGGUUGAUAUCCAUGUGUUGUAACGUGGCAUAUGAAAAUGUGGACGUCAUGCUAUCUCCCUUACUGGCGUCUUUUGAUGAAAGUGCCGCGUAAACGCCCUAAGAUUGUUUUUCCGAGGCGCCCAUGGCUCGGUUUGUGAUGCUUUAUGUUUGUAAUUAUCCAGAAAGUAAGAUUCUAUGAUUUUCAGCCAUCUAAUCUAAUCGAUCAAAAGAUCAUUAGAUAUCUUGUAUUCUACAUGAUAGAACUUUUUCCCGGUUGUCGAUGCUGUUAACCAUCUCUGACGACCCAUAUCAUUUCGGUUUGCGUUCUGUUGGACACAAGCUACACUUUUUUUUCUUUUUAAUAAACUGUGAU